AUUUCUCGACGCUUUAACUUGAUGCCAGAGCUGCGCUGAGCUGAACCCUGGUUUGCGUCCUCAACACUCUCCCCUUCGCACUCUAUGCCCACGAUCAUGCACUGAAAAAUACUUCCACAGAGCUUAUUAAGGAUUCCAAAAAGCACCGAAUUGAGAUUCUGGAUGCACUGCGCCCGGAUGCCUCCACAGUCGUGAGGUCGUGAUUUUAUACUGCAAUAAAACGGAAUAUUCAAACUCGAACCCGGACCAAGUUGCCGCAACUGAGAGGUAAGUGCCAAGUUUGGGGAGCGAAAUAUUCCGAGCUUUCUUAUUUUCACAAUCAACCAUUUUGUCUUUUCUUUUUUUCCUAGUUUUAUUACGUCUGAGGUCAUAGAAAACAAUUACUUAAGAUCAAGUUUAAAGAAGCACGUUUCAAGCAUUAAGGUAAAGAAGUGUAAACGAAUCAGCUCUUUAUUUUGACCGAGCAAGAAACUCAAAAGUGAGGAGAAAGCUGAAAGUUGAGGCUCACAGACACAUUUACGCUCAAGUAGGAGAGAAAAGGGAAUCUGUGGUUAAGUCUGGGGGAUUUCAGCUUGGAAAGUGUCUGUGCGUAAAGACGCACUUAAUGGAAGGUUGCGUUUUGGUUUCCAGAUGUGUGAGCUCAGCUGUUGCUUGUCACUCAGGUGGUCUCUCUCCUUCUCUCUCGGUCUGUCUGCUCUUUUUCCUUUCUCUUUACGAGCUCACUCCUCUGAGUCCUUUCAUGCAGCUCUUCAGUAUCACAUCAGUGUUGACUGACCACAGCCCAAACCCACUGAGACAUUACAAAGUGAAGCCACAACACAAGACUGGUGACCAAGAAAGACAUUUCUCAUAUUCAGACCACACCGCAGACAUAAACCUUCUUUUUAAACAAACUUUGGAGUGGUAUUCUUUGUCUUUUUCAUUUCAGCCAAUUUUUUCAUGUAUAAUACUUUGAACAAUGCUCCUUGUUAUGGUAUCCUGACUUUUAUUUCAAAUGCAUUGAAUAUCUUAAAAGGAGAAAAGUCUAAACACUGAAUAUUUAGACCAUGUUGGGAUGAAAUUUUCAGAGCUGUGUGGUCUGAGUUGAAGCCAGUGGUGGCACCUAGUGGUGAGAUAGAUUUGUUAAGAUGCUACACUGAAAGCAGUCAGUGUUAAGAGCAUCUGGAUGUGCAUCUUUUAAAAAAUUCAAACCUUAACUUCUCUGCAGAUUUAUUUUAAAAUGAAAUACCUGGGGUGUUUUAAAGGUAACACUCCCCUGUUAACACUCCUCAGAGUUUAAUGUCAUUCAGGCCAGUAUCUGUAACUGACUGACAGCCUGCUGUGGACUUAGCUGAUCCAGGCUCAGAGCGGCAGAGGUAUCAGGUGACCAGAGGUGUAUUCUCCCUCUGUGGGGGGCCAGCCAGUCAGACUAUGCUACACUUUGCUGGGGGUACACACUCCGCAAUCCUAAGCCUUUGUUAAUGAGUAUCUGUGUGUGCGUGUGUGUGUGUGCAAGGUACUCAGUGCAAGUGACUGGAUCUGCUUGUCUGUUACCUUUGUGUGCAUGUGUGUGUGUUUGUGUGUGCUGGAGAGAGAGAGAGAGAGAGAGAGAGAGAUAGGUGUUUGGAAGCAGGAGUUAAGCUGCUGUUAAUUGGUCAGCUAUUUGGACCACAUGGGAGAGUGAGGUCAGGAUGUAGCUUCAGUGGUCGGCAUUCUGGGGGUGACUGCAGGACACAGUGAUUUUAUACUUCAGAUUGGUACUUUCUGAGGCUUUUGUGUCAUGUUUGAUUUUAAUACCUUUGUCCCGUUAUAAUAGUCAUCAAGGAUCUAGACAUUAUUUAGAGAGACAGCACUUAGCAAAAGAAAAGGGUUUUUUUUUUACAGGCAGAAUCCUUGAGCUGAACCAGAUUUAUUGGUGGACACAGUCAGAUAAGGCCCCAUUUUCCAGUUUUGGAAGCGAGCUAAACAAGCUUUAUCCAACAGACACAGGGGCUUUAUCAAAUUUUAUAUUAUCAACUUCAUUAUCAACACCAAGCCAAACAAUUAUCUUAUUGCCUCAAUGGAAAAUUCCUUUUUUUUUUCCAGCUUCCUUUUCUAAACUAUUAGUCCAAUUCUCAACUAGAGAGCCAACAGGAGUAACCCCAAAAAUCUACAGUUUCACAGUUUGGUUGAAAGUUUUUGCUAGCCUAAGAAAAUAAUCCAGAAAACCAGAGGUGAGAAGUUUGAGAAUGAUGAAAUGUUUCAUCAUGGAAAGACAAGAAAAUGACUUAAGCUUAGGAGAUGGUGUCUGAAGAUCAGCACUAGAGUAUAUAAGCACUGGAUGAGCGUCGUCUUAGCUGGAGUAGUUGGCAGGCUAAGAAUACACCCUUGACUUUUGGUUGCCUUUGUCCACAUACAAUUUCCAAACUCACUGCUCAUUUUUCAAACCAGGGUCUACCUAUCAGUCCUCAUCCUACAGUUCUUCCUUUUCUCAUGUGUAAACCAGAUACUCAUCCUCCAGUGGGGCUUUAAGUGCCAGAAAGGAAAUCCAGCCUGGAGAUUGUUUUGAUAUUGUUGGACUCUCUCCUGGAAAAUCAUUUUCUCUCACUGACCAAGGGUGCUCUAGAUUUAGAGCUAUUGGCUCUUUAGCUAAAAACACCUAAUCUGAUCACAUGAGGAAAGCUGUUUGAAGAGCUCAAGAUGUGUUGUGUUUCCACAUUUAGUCUGAAUGGAGAUUUUCAACACUUGAAAUAACAGACCCAAUCCUUUAAAAGCUUAAACGAUAUCUUUUCAGCCGUGAUCUUGAGUCAUUUUAUGGUGUUUUAAUGCCGUUUCUUACAUUUUAAGGGUACACGAUUAUAAAGACAAACAAACAGUGUUUAUGUUCAGAAUAUUUUCGCUAUGAGCUGACUUGCUGAGGAGGGUUGUACUGCUUUAACAGAUUUCCUGUGUCUCAGUUUUUGUGUUUGGGCACAUAUUGGCAUUAGAUUAAAUAAAUGGAACCAAUGAGAAACAUAAACACAAAUGUGAAGUGUGUGUGUGUUUAAAUAGGCAGAGAGAGAGAGAGAGAGAGAGCUCCAUCUAUUAGUAAGUCAACACUGUUCUGUCUGUGCGCCUCUGUCAGCCUAAUACCUCAGACCAGCAUGUGUACACACAGGCAGGUUUGUGCUGUCAUACUGGAAUUAAUCGAGUGUGGGGUUGUGUAAAUCAUUCCAAACCUCAGAAAACACACCCUCACAUACACAGCACACACACACACACAUACACACACUUGCCAAGAGACCAAUCCUUGUACAGUAGUUGUCUUUAAAAAGGGCCAGACAGUGAAGGGCUAAUCACCCAACCAGAGAAACAGGACAGUGAAAAAACUGACAUUUCAUGAAAAAAAAACAAAGUCUUAUAAGUCAUUUUACAAGUGAGGAUGCUCAGUUAGGUGCAGUGGACACUCAUGCUGACUAACUAUGAUGCUAAAUACUUCAUAAUUUAUCAAAAAGGAUGGAUGCUUUUCUUUGUAAUGGGGAAUUGCAAAGCAGAAUUUCAGGUUUUUUGGAGGUAAAUUUUAGGGGUAACCAUAGAUGUCAACUUGGUUUCUUGGCAGGUGGUGUGAGUUUUUGGUAAAUUUUAAGAACUUGUCCACCAGUGUUUACCACCUGGUCUUAUUUAUACACAAAAUUAACCUUUAUGAAUUGAAUUCUGACACUUCUUGCUUCAGCUGUGGUCACUUUUUUGUCAUUUGUUGAUACGUAUUCCUCUUUCCUGUCUUUGAAGUCUAUGAUAGAGUUUACAGGUUCUAAUAGUAUGAUGGACAUAUUGCAGUAUAAAUGUUGAAAGACAAGUUUACAUUGUAUGUAUAUGUUGGCCUGCAGUGACUAUAAACUGUAGGCUGAGGAGUUGAACUGCAUGGUGAGUAAAUGUGAGUGUGUCAGUCCUUGAUCUGUGAAACACUAAUCGUGAUCCUUGUGCACACUGAGCGGUUACAGACCAAACCCUGCAGGCCACAUUGGCUUCACAAGCCUGGUAUUAUGGUCAGCUUGUGGGGAGGAAAAGUAAUCUGGGGCUCAGAAGAAUAUCAGACACUGAGUAAUGGACUCUGAGAGCGAGCUCCACACCACUCUGUUAAAACUUGCCGUGAAGCUCAAUAAAGUUGCCUGCAGCACUUGCUAAGCGACGCAAAAACCGAGGUGUUAUUGAGCAUUCCCAACUCGUGCCUGUGAGUGAGAGCCGAUUUGGCACCACCUUAAUUACCUAUACACACAGCUCUAUUUGAUGAUGAUUAAAGCCACACAUACACACCUGCCCAGACACUGGCAGUCGCCAGCCGCUGUGGUUUUGUAGACAUUUAAGGUGAUAAUUAUUAGAUGAUAUUGAUUAAAAGGCUUUAAAACUGAAGUUAUAGUAAACAGUAUAGAAGCACAGAUUCAUACAUGAAGACAAGAGUCCUGCUCAACAACCACAUAAUUAUUCCCCAUCAAAUGAAUAUAAAUGAUAGCUUUGAGUUUUGUGUUUGAUAAGAAAAAAACAUAAAAGGUUUCAAUAACAGUAUCUGGUUUGUUGCAUGCAACAUCAUUCAUACAAUAUUGCCUUUGUGUGAGAAACGCUUCAUUUGGGUGAUCAUGUUUCUCAGUUUGAUGUUGGGUGGUUUUAUGUUUUCAGUUCAGAUGUGGGAACGCCCAACAUAAAUCCGUCAAAUAAUGCAUGAAAUGUAUUGCAACGGGUCCAAGAACAAUUAAACAGUUGCUUUUGAAAAAAAAAGGACAUUUUGGCGAUUUUGAGUAAAAUAUGAUCCUGUUUCAUCAAAUCUGUUCAACUGACAUGCGAACAGUAUUGUUUGGACCAAGUUGCAGACAGUGUUAAAUUACAACUUAGCAUAUACAAAAUAAGCACGCAGGUUUGUGCAGCAGAAACAUGACUUCCCUCAUCCAUUUGGUUUAAUUUGGGCCAGUUAUUUUCCAACACAAACACUAUCUCAGACUGAAUUCAUCAAUUAUUCCCCCCUUUGCUUGUCUAAACCUCUGUUUGUCCUGACUUUUCCUUAUAUCUGCUCACUUGAUUGGAUGUCCAUGAAGCUUCAGGAUAUUGUCAUGAAUCAAGUGUUUUUUUUGUCCCUGACUUAACACUGUCAGCAUGCUUUAAUGAACAGAGGCUGAUGAGAUUAAGAGGAAGUUUGAGGCUUUGUGACAGAUUCAAGAUAAGACAUGAAGUAAAUGUUUUUGUGAACCUUGAGCUGUUGGGUGGUCGCCCACAGAAGUCUCAGGGGAUAGCCUCUAUCUGUCACAGUAUCUCCUUUUUGCCUUGCUCCGUCCCAGAGGAAUACCAGCCUUUAAAUUUACCCACAGGAGGAAAUUGCUCCAUCCAAUCUGAUGCCACCCGGGGUCAGGAAAUAGACUGUUGUGAUAAAUACUCUGUAAAUGAGGGUGGGGAAAAAAACACAGUUUUAGCCAAAGUUUGCCAAAAGCUGCACAUUUGUCUUAACAUUGGUGCUACUUUUAAUUUUCCAUUAGAGCAGCUAUAUAUCAAAAUCUUAUGAUUACAAAUGAGAAAAUUAAAAAUGCUCAAGCGUCUUUCAGUUUACAAAAUGUAAUAUUAUAGCCUCCUUUUUGUCGUGUUUGCUCACUUAUAGCGUCAGAUUAGAUGUGUAGCACCAAAAAGCUGACAAAUUAUACAAACUUAAUGGUUCAGAAGUGUAGUAAAUACUUUAUGUUUGAAGUUUGUUAGCAAUUUUUAUCUUAUUGUGGCUCAAAAAUGUGUCAUUCUGGCUUAUUUUUCCUUUAUAUUACUUGUUCUUUGUUGACUCUUAAAAGCUCACAGUUCAUCAGCUGCCUGGCAUCACAAAGCAAUUAAAGGUAAAAACCAUAGACUGUAUAUACUAUGGACAACUUGGUUCCACCUAUCGCCUGUAUACGGAUUUGAAGCCAAAAAGCUCUCGGUAUUUUCAGGAUUUUUCUUUAUUUCCUGAAACCAGCGCAGUAGAGAUGCGUGCAUUCGGGCGCGCAGUUGCCGAGAGUCGCCGUGAUGAUGCUCGGCUCAAACAGCGUAUCCUCCGAGAGAGCUACACAAACCCUGAACGCCCAUAGGCUGUAUCAGGUGUCAAUCAUAGAAAACAUGAACCUCCUAAUAACUUUUAAAAACGGAGCUUCACAGGAAAAAGAGGACUUGGGCCCAAACCAGUCUUACAAUGACUACAUGUCAACACUGCAAACAGGGGGGAGAAAAAUUUAUGUUCUGUGUAAUAAAUUUGUAAAGUUUGUCCACAGCCCCAUAAGCUUUGCUGGCGGAGGCGGGAUUUAUGACCUAUACUGCAGCCCGUCAACAGAGGGUGCUGUUUUUGGAGUGGCUUCACCCAGCAAGGAGGCAGAUGCUGUCCAUUCUAUAUACAGACUAUGGUAAAAACAUGUCCACAUGCUAUUAUCAGCUUCUCUCUGCUGCCCCCUAGAGGCCGAAUGAAUCGGUCACGACAAGUUUGAGGGAACUUUUUGGGCGACUAAUCUAUUUGGGAUGUGUUUUCUCUACCUCAUAGAGAAGCCUGCACUUUCAUUUACCUUCAGAGGAAUCACUUUUCCUUAUGUAACCUCCCCCCACAUUAGUAUGCCACCGACUGCCUUUGAGCUCUGCGGCUAGUAAUCAAGCAGCAACUUAUCCGUCAGCUAGGACAACUCUAUCUCAGCGCAAGGAAGAAUGUAAGAGAUAUUCACUGGUGGUUGGUAGCUGAUGAAAGCUUGGGGCUUUCCAGUGGCUAGUCAAAAAACAAAUUCAAAACAGUGGUUUGCUAGUCAUCUGGAUUUCAGCGAUAUGUGAGAUCCAUCCGUUUCUUGUUUCCACCAGAGAAAGCAGGCUUAAAUUGCCACUUGCAUUAAUGAGGUAGUAAUAAAUGUCUCUUGUGUUUACACUAAUGACCUCAAAAACCAGACAGUAAACUAGAGGGAUCGGGCGUUCAUUAUCUCUAACCAGCCACCCAUGAAAUCCAACAUGUGUGGGCUUGUUUGUGUGUGUACACAUGUAUGUAUCGGUGCACGUUUUCUAGUUUCCAUGUGUUUUUAUUUACUCAACACUUUACAUAUAGCUUUUAGAGUGUGUGAAUGAGUGUAUGUGCAUGUUCCCUUCAGAGAAAAGCCCCCAAGAAUCCCCCCCAGGGCCUUUCAGACAUCUGGUUGCGGAUGGAGAGCUUAUAUCUUCGAGUAAUAUGUCCAGUUAAGCCCCUGGGAGCCGCCGCCGUGCACAUCAUUACAAGCCUCCUCCGGCUUUGCUUGAAACUCUGCUGAAACCCUAUCGUUUGCUUCAGAGGGGUACAAAUAUGCUGUAUAUCCUUUUUUAUACUACUUCCUCCCCGGACCCGUCUCCCAUCUGUUGCAGAUUAGUCUUCAAUGUGUGUUUAGAGAGCCGAGCCUGUCGCCAAGCGGGACAGAUAGUAAACCCAGAAGGUUUUAGUCAGAACUGUCAGGUAGGUCUGAAUUAACAGAGAGGCCAAGUGAGGAUAUGGCUGGCUGAGAGGAAAGACGAGAAGUGUAGCCUGGAGGAGAGAGAGAAAGAGAGACAGACAGAAAGUCAGGGGGUGAGACAGGCUCUGAAACUACACACCAAGCCCACCAAACGGGUUGUCUGUUUACCCAUGAACCUCAUCCUGCUACUCGAGGGUCAGUGAGGAAUGCCAACAGCUCCUGCCCUGGCCAAAUUCAACUACGGUGCCUGGGAGAAGAGGGCUGGGGGGGCAAACACCCCACAAAAACGGCGAGUCACGCCACUUUCCCUGUGAUAGUGAGUUUAUUUAAGCACCGAGCUCAAAGCAGCUUUCAUAUCACACUUAGCCUCAAAAUCUGUCGCCUUCCUGGCAUUUAAACCCACCACCAGAAUGCUAAUGUUGCUGCGCUGAGCAGAGCUAAUGCCACUCAGCUGAUUUGUUACCUAUCGCUGAAAAAUAAUCUGUCUUUAUUUUUCAAAUUAGAUAAAAAGUCAAACCGAAAAGGCGUCACAGGAAUCAACUGAAUGGGGGGAAUCACGCACACACACACACACCCUUUUUCUGACACCAUGCCGGCCCAUGUAGGCCAAGUGUGAGAAAAACCCCACAGCUGCUAGCCCGGUCAGACCCGCCACUUCCAGCUCGUGUUGUCUUCCUAAUGCUAAAUUAUGGGAAAACGAGGAUGGGGUUGUGUAAUAGACAGCCGGUUAAUGUGUGUGCUUGUCUGUUCUGCUUGACUGAUGUGCCAUCCCUCCAGGGUCCUGUCAUUAAGCCUCUGUGUACACAACCCCAAUCCCUGGCCUACAUCUAUCUCUUAUACUCAAAUUCAUUUGGGAUUUGCACACACAUACACACACACGGCAUUCCCAUUCUAAACAUGAUGCAACCCUGCUGCUCGUCUUGCAUGAUAUGUCAUCAGAUGUUUUUACGUGCGCAUCUGUCUUUAUUUUUUUUUCGAGAAGAAAUUUGUUUUUCUUGAAUCUAGCUAGAUUGGCACUGCUUAUUAAAAGUUUAGAUUUAUGUGUUUAUUUUGGCUGGAGUAUAAGACACACUGUAAAUCAUUCAGAUAGAUGCCUGGAUUGAUAAAGGGACUGCUCGUAAUGAUGAGUCUUUAAAGUAUUUCGGAGGCCAGAAAAAAUAAAGACGGGCUUCUUCCUGACAUGUGCAGCUGGAGUUUGUCUCUUUUAAUUUCCUGUCAACAAGAACAAGAGCCGUCUUAUCCUUCAUUGUUGUGUCUCGGCUUUUCAUCUGUAGCCUAAUAACAGUUUGUUCAUGACUUUAACUUAAAAGAGGAGCUGGAAUAUGUCAGUUUUUCAUCACCGGCCCAAAUGUGAACCCUGUCCUUGCACUGAUUCAAAUAUUCCCCGUCAACAUAAACAAGAAAAUCUGGUUCUCGACUUUUUUCAUCAUCGGCCCGUCACUCGACUUUGUUUUAGUUGUAAAUAUCAAACUGGUCUUUCUCUUCUGUAGAAUGUAAUCACUUUAUAUGAGAGGGUUGAGUUAUUGCUGCGGCCUGGCAUUUUCAUUAAGAUAAAUCACAAACACACACUCGGAUACACACACUCCUUUCAUAGCGGUGCUUACAGUGACCUCUGGAUCCUAUUAAAGAAGGAAUGCAUCACUUAACAAUAUCAAAUUAGAGCUGGAUGAGAUGCACAAGACUUUUUUCUUCCUUCUCUUUCACUCACACACGCUAACUGUAUUAAAAGAUCACCAUCGUGUCCAGUAGUUAAAACAAGUUUGCUAGAGGUGGUUCUUUCUCAUAUUCCAGUUUGCUGAUGUGAUAAAAAUGUGUGAAAUUACUUCUUUGAGAUGAGCUAAGACAAGAAGAAUCCUAUUUAUCCGGAGGGGAAAUUGGAUAUAUUCGAAUACUCCUUUAUUUCAGAUUGAUUACAUUGAACUGUCAGGGUCUGUCUCACUUUUUCGCAAAAGAAAUUACAUGUCAUCAACAAAAAAUAUCACAAAGCUUCCAUUUAUUUCUCAUGCAGCUUUUAUAAUUCUUUUUUUCCCCAACACCAGCAUUAUUGCCUGCACAAAGUCUAACUACCGUUGCAUUUCUUGCUUAUCUGGAUAUUACUAACAGAGAAGUGAGGCACCAGAAAACAGCAUAUUAAAAGCAAUGCCACCCAGAGGUGUGAAAGAGGAGCAUUCGGUCACUUUUUCAUCCUCCAAAGUUAGACUCUUUUUGUCUAAUUAACUUAUUUCCAAUAAACAAUAAGGUUAGCGAUUGCUUUUCACUUCGGAGCACACAGCUCAAUUGGUCUAAAACUGGCCCAUGUGUUCUGUGUAAGCUCUGGUGUUUGCACGCCAAGCUUUGAGCUAAAGUUGAAUUGCAUAAAUGCACCGUUAGGGAACUCAACAAAACCUCGCCAGAUGACAGGGAUGUAAAAAAGACAAAAUUGUUGUAUCAGUGAUUUUAUGUUUGAUGUACAUCCUGUUACCCACUUGCCAAUGGAUUUGUUGGUUAUUUUGGUAUAGAUUAACCAGGAGGCUUACAUUUCUGUCUUGAUAAACUGUGACAGGAACAGUAGUCAAGUCAAAUCCCCUAAAUGAGCUAUAACUGUAGUUUGAAUCAACUGUGCAUGCAAACACACCGACUUUUACUCUGAUUACAGUUGGACGUGUAACCCCACCUUCUGGCGCUCUUUUAGGCAGAUUUUGACCUUGACAGUUUACACACACACAGACUGAGAUGUAAUCCAAACAUCUAUGAAGACAGCCUCAGUUUCAAUCAGUUCCAGUGCCAAUGAUUGCAAACUCUGGGACAAAAAACUCUAUUGGCAGAGGUGCUCAAGCUGUUAAAGCUGCUCUACACCAUCCUGAUAUCAUCUGCCAGUGCUGAAAGGUCCCUUCAUCGUUCUAAGAACAAAAAAAAAACAUCUGAGGUUAACAAUGACACAAGACUUUAAAGUUUUGGCAUUAGUGGAUAUUUGGAGUUCACUUAGCUGGAUGACUGACAAAGGCAGUUUUUUGGAAACAAAGAGCUGUGUUGAGUUUCUCUUUUCAGUAGAUUUGGUGUCAGUUUACAUUUUACAUCUUUCAAAAUGCAGGACAGAAAAUACACACCUAUUAAAAACAGCAUUUUAUACUGCUCUAAAACUGGACUUGACAUACUAACACUAUGAUUUAGUCACGAGUUAAAGGUUUGUGAGUCGGAUGUUUUAUCACUAAACAAUCAAAGCCAUAAUGCUAGUCUGUCACUAUGCUGUACAAAUGUGUCUCUUUGCAUAUCUUCUUGAAUCACCUAACCCUAACCCGUCCUUUCACUUCAGUUGACUUUAAUUUAAAAUGAGCGUCACAUAUUUCAUCAUCAAACAUCUGUUGUUUUUCCACAGUGGAUAUAUUAACCUUAAAAAACGGAUUGUUACUUACUUUAUCUUGGCAAGACAUUUUAGCCUAAAGGGACAACCCAAGGCUCAGUCCCAUUCAGGUAAUGACUUGCAUUCAGCAGUGUAAGUGAGUUACAGCCUGCCAAAUCAUUACAAAUAAUGAUAAUAAAUAUCUUUCUCCAGACAUGUACUUAGGAAGCCUCUGCCUUUUUUUUUUUUACCAACUUAUGUAGCAACAGUAUAAUUCCUCUAUGUUCUAAAAUCAGUCAGUAAGAAGCAGAGGGAUUUACAGGAAAUCCACUUGAAUGUCAGAGUAAUUGGCCACAUAUGCAGGGAUACAUGCAGAACCAGGGGCUCAAUAAAGAUUGACAGAUUCACUUGAAAGGCCGAACAGUAGCUGCAUUGAGAGGGCAAUUAUUUUUGUUUGGCAAUGUUUUAUUCAAAAUGAGACGCCUAGUAUUUCCAAAAGGGAUGAAUAGAGCAUUUAAUAGCAUCUGUUGGAUGUUUGCUUCAGGGUUGAAAACUGAAGCUGGCUCCAGUUGAUAGUUGAUAGCAUCAUUGAUCUUGCGGGAAUUCACAAACACUGGUUGCAGGUACAAGGACCGUGUGCAGAGGUUUCUUGUCUGAUCCAAGAGAUCACCCACAAGAGAACUUUUGCUUAAAGAUGGACGCUUAAAUUAGGUUGGGAAAGCAGGUGUGUGCAUGAGUUUAAACAUAACUUAGCUUGAAUGUUAGCCUGUGAAGAGGCAGUGCAUGGCAUUUCCAACUAAGAAAGUAUCGUCAUCAACAAAUUCAUUCUUGCAACAAUAUUUUGUUAGUUUGGACAUGAUGGUCUACGAGUUAAAAGAAACUCACACUUCCAUGGUGCAACCAAACAAUAGCACAACCUAAGUUACGACCUAACUUGGUACAUUGUAUGGUUUAGUGUGGACUUAACAGCCUCACAUAUGAAACAGCUCAUACAGAGUUGAUGCAACAUGCCAACAGAGUUUUGGUAAACUCUCUCAAGAAUGGUUGACCUUUUCUUGGUAGAUGUGUGACGGGUUCUCAAGAAAAAUACUCAAAAAAACAAGCCUGAGUCUGAGAGUGUGAGACUUUAAACCCAGCCAUCAAGUGCAGCCAUUAAGUGAUGCCUUGCUGGUGGCUUGAUGAGGUAAUUAAAGUGAAGGUAAAAGCAGUUGUGCAUGUGUUUCCAAAUGGGGGAACUUAAACUGCAGGUUAGGGUUGUGCAGCAGUGGCUGUGGGAGCUGAGUAUUGAAGAUUUCAGGGAAGAUAAACAGAGCUUGACAAGUGGGAAAUUCCCAACUGAUUUUGCAGAGUGGCCAUCGAGUGGACCUGCGAUUGAAAAUAAUAAACAUAAAAGCUAAGGCUGGCCAUCAAGCAUACUUUUCACUGCGAUGAAGCAACAAGAGUGACUAAAAAGUCACGGUACAUAUACCCAAGCUUGAAGGAUGAGCUAAUGGGAAUCAGGUGAGCAGGAGUGUUGAUGAGAUGAUUACAUGCAGGAGUGUAGAAGGUGGCUGGAAGCCAGAGGAGGGAGACCACGCCCAUGCUAACACUAACAACCACUCAAAGACCCAGAAAAUAGUAGUUAACAGCCGUAUGUUAGCUAAACUUUGACUCCACAGCAGAUUUAAGGAGGCUAAAAGUUUGUCACGCAUGCUAAGUGAAUAUGUUAUCCAUUUUAUUACAGAUAAUUAGACCGCUGCUCAUUGACAGACUCACUAAUAAUCCUCCAUCAAAGCCUGACUAGAAAAAUGGACUGCCCUCUCUGCAUUGUACUUAAAAACAGUACAAGUAGAGUUCUGAAACUGGAGCUUCCCAGCCAAAUCCCCACCUAGGUGACAAUUUCCUGGAUUUUACAGCACUUUUAUUGCUGCUCCCAUUGUCCCAGAGGUGUGCAGGUAACACCCUGCGGUGGUUCGAGAUCUCACCAGAGGGUUUUAUUACCCGAAACUUGAAUCACACUCUGCUUAGAAGUGUCAGGGAAUAUUAACACUGAACUGGUAAGAUCACUAAGGAACACUUCCACAGACCUGACACGCAGCAGCAGGUCGAGCUGGUGGGCCUUGUUAGCAAGGGUUAAAGAUCCAUUUCCUGUAAUGAAAGGCUGCUGAAAGGUGUCUGUGGGUCUGAAUAGGAAGUCAUGAUGGAUGCGUUCAGACAUGGAUCUGUAGGUGUUUUUGUAAAGGACAUAUUUUUAAAGUAAGGGGUAAUAACAUUUCUUUUAAGUUUUUCACUUUGGGUUUUUGUGCACAGUUCAUAAAAUGGAAAAGAAAAAAAUAGCCUUUGUGAUGCUUGGCCAAAUAGAAAAUAAUAAGGCUCAAAGACACAUGAAGUCACAGGGGUCAGUUUUCACAAGACAUCAUCUUCAAAAUGUUGAAUGCCCCAGUGGUGACUCUUUAGCUCUGACUUGUGAGGUUUGGGGUGACCAUAUUUAUUUUUUAACAGACCUUUGUGUUGACCUACCUAACCAAAUGGGAAAUGUAACCAUCAGGUGACAACACCCUCACUUACUGUGUCAUUUAUUCAAAUAUCUUGGCCUACAACUACCAACAAGACCUCAUUUUAACUCUUAUUUUGGUUCUCUCCUUGUCUGCAUUUUUUUUAUUCACACUUUAAGCAACUUUUACAUCAUGCUUUGUUUGAAUCUGGCUCUCAAUCACAAACUGUCCUGCAACAAGUUCAGACAUGUCACUGUCCUCGUUGAGGGACGUCUCACCUGAUAUUUGCAUUUGAAGGAAUCAGUUAAACCCCCUCGUGCCUCCUGGGGAUGAAACAGUGCUUGUAGUAGACUCCAGGUGUGAAUGACCAUUAUAAAUGAAAAUGAAGCGACACACUGUUGAGGCGAGAACAGCGAGUCUGCUGAGCGCAAUAAAGGUUAAGAAAAGGCCAAAUCAACGGUUGAGUUGUGUUCCAGUAGAUAAAUGAAAUGUGCCGCCAGAGGGGUGAGUAAGUGUGCCCGGUAUGUGUAAGUGUAAGUGUGUGUGUGUUUGUGUGUGUGCAGCCAGUGUGAAGUCCAAACUUGGGCUUGGAUUUGGAGUUAGGAAAGGGCCGCCAGAUCUUGUCUGAACACCAAUCCAAGAAUUUUGCCAAGGAAAAAAUGUUGAUCAAAAGGUUUCAUUCAAAAGCAUUUUUGACUUGCCUUGAUCUAAAAUCAGACCCAUAUUUUUAGCCAGCAAUGCCCUUUUAUCAAAUGGAGUAUCAGCAAAUAGUUUCCUUAUUUUCCUUUAAAGGUAUAAUGUUUUAUUCUCUAAUUUUAUAUGGUCAGUUUAUUCAACUCAAAAAGCCGAUGUGUCAUAUUUGAACCGGCAUGUGCAGUUUCCAACAUAAAGGAUAUACAAACUGGACAAACUUUAUCACGCAUGUGCACCCAGUGUGCAUAUUUGUGUUUUGCACUAGCUGGGGUCAAAGGUCACUGCAUAAACCCCCCAUUUGUUAGUUCUAGCUCAACAGCUUUAGACAUAUGAAUGGGAUCAGCCAGGGUAUCAGUCUUUCAGGACAAGUCCAAUAGCAUGACAUCUUCACCACCCAGCGACAUAGAUCGGUGAAAAUCUUGCUAUAUAUUGGAAGUGAGUCAUAGAAGUCUUUUUAUUUUAUAGAAAUAAGACAAUCUGACACUUUCACCAGCAGCUAGAUGGCUCCAUUUGGAGAACUUGAUUUGUUUUCUCAACCCCUGCUCUCUCUGCUCCCGUCAGAGAGGAAGCAAAAGAGACAGCAAGGUCGACUGUCCUCUUGUGUUUCUCCAAAGAACCAUGGCUCUUUGGCCACAAGCCCAGGCCAAGUCUGAAGGGCCCAUAUCUGCCUAUUGUCUGGGAUAAAGCCACUCAUCCUCUGACCUGUCCUCUAUUCACGCCACAGAAUUCCUCGCCCACACAAUGUCUUUUUCUAUCAUCUCAUCGAGCGUUCGUCUGUUCCAGAGCUUUUGGAAAGACAUAUCCAGAUAAAUAUCUCAGGAAACUGAAUGCAGAUCUUUUGGAUGGUUUGUAGAAUUAAUCAGAAAGGUUAACUUUAUGACUGAACUGCCAAGCUCCUUUCAGUUGCAUUCAAAUAUCUGGCAGCGUGCUGGGAAAGAAAGAAAGAAUUGGGAAAUAACCCAAUCUCUGCACAUCGAGGAUUUUUUAGUGUUUCUUGCUUUUCUAAACUCGUCAUUUCUCAUUUGCAGCAGGUAUCUUAGUAUGUGACAAACAGCUUAGCUGCCUUUUCUACGCGUCACAAUGUGGGGUUGUCAGGGGCGAAGGUGUCUUUGUCUGCUGGACAAUUGAGUAAACUCAUUUAUCAUUUUAGGUUCUUUAUGUAAGCCGUUGCUACUUUUCAGCCGCUCACAGUGACAGAUGGUUGAAAGCUCGUCUGCAUUAACUACAUCAGACUUUCACCAAGCAUAUCGAGGAGCAUAAACCUUUCCUCAAGUUGGAGGUUGAGACUGGAAAUAAAAACUCAUCACUUCUUUUGAGCAGACUUGUCAGGAGUUUCCUGCGUUGAAGUGCUCAAUGACAAUAACUCCAUUGUGAUUGGCUGAAGUGAGAGAUGAGGACAGGGGACCCCUCUCCUCUCGCUCAUUCAGAUCUCCAAAAUAGGAAGGGGGCAGCGGUAGUAUUGGUGACAGAUAUCCUCAGCAUGAGAACUUUUAGGGAGUUUGAGGGAUUUGAGUCAACAUCUAGAUUUCAAAACUGCAAGGCAAUUGAUUUUAGAAAAAGAAAUGAUGAACAACCUGAAUGAAAACUAAGUUAAUGUGCUUGUCCGCUGUCCUGUGCUCAUCAAAUAUAGACCGUCAUUAUAUCGACUUGUGCAUGGCAGUUGUUGGUUAUAUGUAUUGUGCUUGUGCCAAGUUGGUUGGCUACUUCUGCUCAGUACUUGGUUCGGUCCAUGUUGACAUGGAAAUAGUUUUAAAUGCACCACCCUCUACACUGUUUAAAGAUGAGUGUUACAAUUGUCAAAGAAGCUCAGUACACACAUAGAUGUCCUUCACUUUUUCACCUCAUGGCCUGGCUCGCUUAUUCAACCUUUUUAACCAUUUCAUUUUUUCUGCCUACUUAUGGGCCUUAAGGGCAUUUCUUAGGAGUUGGAGGAAACCACAAACCAAGCUGAAUUUGGAGACCUUGUAAAACAUGGACAUAGACUCAGUGACAUCAGCCACUGGUUUGUGAGGCAAAGGUUUGAAGCCCAAUAUAGGCAGUCACUGUAAUGGAAACACGCACUCAACCUAACUGUUUGUCAAUCAAGCUAGAGGCAUGGAGGUGGAGUUUUUUAGCCUCCUGGCUACAGAUACAAAUACCCGAUAUCUUCAAAACCAGUUACUGUAAGAAUCUAAAUUUGAGAUCGACUUUGAGAUUUUUAUUUAUUCAUCCUCAUUUUUAAGGAGUGAAUAAGAGACUGUGUGAGCAGAGAGUGGACAUGUGCUCUCUUAUGGUGGGGUUGGAGGGGUGUAAAGAUAGGUCCUGUGUGUGUGUGUGUGUGUGUGUGUGUGUGUGUGAUUGGAGUGCAGUGGAGGGCAAUUUGCUCUGGAGGGGAGGAAUGAGGGAGGGGCUGACAUGGCUUGGCUGCCCCAUGAGCUCACUCACACACACUCACACACCACACAUGCAAACAGCCACUCAAUCCCACACACUCACUGGGAUCAGAGACACUCCAGAUAGAGACGUCACCUCUCUGCCCUCCUCUCCUCUCUGCUCUUUGGACCCGGAGGUUUUAGAUCUGGAAAAGGGUUCCACCCUGUUUACAGAUUGUUGGCGUCAUUGUCAGACUUCUCUCUUGUUUAUAUUCAAAAGACUGAGACGCUAGGGGAAUACUUCCUGGAUGAAUGGGAUCUUGAUCUGAUUAAGACUUGGAUCGGCUCAGUUUGAUGCUGCAAGCAUGUUGCCAAAAACUUGAGAGCUGUGUGCCCUGGACUUUGCUGAUGUGAAUGAAAGCUUUAUUUGAGAGCGGACCUAGAGAUGCUUUUCCUGGAGGUAAGAGCAAAAUAGGUGACUUAAUUUCUUAAAUUUGCAUGCAGAGGAUUUUCGUGGAUUUUUUAUUUUUUUUGGUCAUGAAGUGUUGAAUUAAAAGCUCAAGAUUAAGUGCUUUGUAUCUGUGUUGCCCUAUUUUGAUAAAUGCAUGUGUAGAUUUUGUGUCUGCAUAUAAUAUGUUUAUGUGUGUCCAUGCAGGUGGUCUCACUCUAGCUGUGUUAGGUCUCCUGUGCAAACUCUUAGACCCAUUUUGCAUUAAAAAAACACUCUUAGGUAGUCAAAGAAAGUUGACCUCGGUGCCUGAACUUUGCGAUUUAAUGGUUUUUCAUGAGCAUGUGUAAUGAUGUUUAGAAAAAUUAGCUGCAUUUUUUGGAAACUAUAGAAAAAAAUUCUCCUUCAGUUUCCCUGAGUUGUAUUCAUUCAAAAAUCAAGUGUUUAACUGACUCAGUUGAGGCGGGUUUCUUUGAAAGUGUCUGUUUAAGUCAAGGAGGCACACAUAAUUAACUGUUAGCUGCUAUACUGGGCCUGUGUUUACACAGACCCAAUGUUGUGACUCCUUAACUGCCUUUUUAAAAAGUUUCCUUUUUGACCCCUCUAACCUCCCCCGUCACGUCUCCACCGCUGUCUGACUUUAGGUAGGAAUGGUUGGACAUUUUGUUUUUGUUUUUGACAAAGACGGCCAUUGUGUUGUUGCCAGUGGGUGACAUGGUGUAAUGUGAGUUGAUGUGUACAUUGGCUCAGGAAUCCACAGUCACCUUUCUCCUGGAUGAGAUGCAGAGAAUUCGUUGGAGAAAAAAAGUCAUUAGAAUAGCGAAUGAAUAAUUACCAGAGCGUAGAUUUAAAAUGAUGGAUACAUAAAAGGUUACCUUUGUGCUUUCCUGACUCUCAACUCAUUUUUUUUUUAGCAUUUUAGCACCAGGCUUCACUAGUUUCCCACCCUCUGAAAGCAGAUUUCACUGAUUUCUUUUGGUAUUUAUGGCAGUAAACCAAAUACUUUUGUGGGUUCUUGUCCAAACUUACUUGUGUUUCAGAAAAAAACACAAGGUUUCCUUCCGUUCUGUAACUGCAAGCCCACCAAAUUUCACUAUUUUCUGGUCCGAACCAGGUCACAUAAGACAAAAUGAAAUAUGUGAGGAAAAGCUUCUAAAAGAUAGCCCUAUCUAUGCUACCAUAAAACCUGAUAGAUUAGUCACUAAAGAACAAAGCAACACUUACAUACCCCUUUGUUAUGUGAUAAGAGCUUUUAACAGCAUUUCUUAUCUGUAAAUUCAGUGUUUUGAGGCUCCAGGCUUCAUUCAACUGUAUGCUAAUCAUGGGAAUGCUAAAUUUUUCAUGUAAUUGGGGAACAGUACAUGGUCUGAAUCAAGGGGCUUUGAAUUGUGAUUUUAGCUGCAAUAACCACUGACCUGUAGAGGGGGCCUUCAUUAGUAAUUGAAUUUUAAGUAUAAGACAUAAUCACUCAUUUUGAAAGCAAACAUGAGAACAUUGUGCUGUUUACUAUCUACGUAUUUUGGACUAAGGAGCUGCAAACACUGCUUUGAGCAUAACCAGUGUUGUCAUGUGGUUUAUUAUCUGAUGAAGGACUGUUAAAAAGUCUCCAGGUCACAUAAUGCAACAUAACCUAACAAUGCUAUAAAUAAAAUUUCAUGUUGCCUAUAAUGAUAUAAUGUAGGGGUAUAUCAAGAAGAGUAACCUCACAUUACUCAACACAAGUAACUAAAUCCAAACCUUCUCUAUUGCAAAGUAUCUAAUUAUGAUGAAUACUGUAUGUAUCAUCAGUCUGUAAAAAUGUGAUAAUCACUCGCCGUUAACAUCGAUCCAAACGCAUUUUCGCAAUUGCUCUACAGGCAUAAUCCUGGUCAAUUGAAGCCGUCAAGACCUUAAUGUCCUUCAUAGAGCUGCUUUUGUGUAAAAGAUCAAACCUAAGUGUAGUUUGGAGGGCCUGUGUGAACUUUCUGUUUUUACCCAAACAAGUUCUAUACUGGUCGACAUUAGCAUGUCAAAGAGGCAGAGCAGCGCAGGGCAAAACGCAAGUGGCUGUGUCAUCACCUUCAGACUGAAGUGCAGUAUCAGGCUGAAAGGCCUCCGGGCAGCAUGUCUGCAGAGAUAAGAGGGCUACUGCUCAAGGUGGCAGACACACAAUGACAAGACUGAUUAAUCCCUAUAUAUUCAACAGUCUUACUGUUAUCAGCGUGUAAAGAGUGGGAAAGGUGUGCAGAAAUGCUGCUGACUGCUGAAGUAUUCAGAUUGAGCAGAUCGAGAAUUUUAUUUCUUUUCUUUCUCUAAGGCUACGAGCAUGUUUCUCACAACUUUAGGAGCCUAUACCAUUCUCCGCAAGAGCAACAGAUGUUUGGUGGAGAACAGCUGGAAUUUGAGAGCAUAAAAGUCAUCUGCUCAAGGAACUGUAAAAGGAAAUAUGCACAAUGUUUCUUCACCCAGUGACACAGUAAAGUGUUUCAACAAGGUCUUUAAUUUUUACGCAGGUGCACUCAUGGGUGCCCUAUUUCUUUUAUGCAGUAUGAGAAGUGGAUUGUAAAGCUGGCUGAAGUCAUGUUUGGUUUUUAGAUAGUGACCUGUAAGGAAAAACCUGCAAUGGUUUUCCGUCAUGUAUCACCCCGAGUUUGCAUUAAGAUCCCUUUGAAGGUAGACAUGUAGUUUCUGGGGGAUUUUUUUAAAGUAUAACUCUGAAAUGAAUCAUCAGACGAGGUAUGCACCGCUUUCAUGGCUGGAAAAUAACAUUCUCAUGCAAGAGUGAGAUAUUGUUUUCACACCCUUUUUAAGUAACAGUCUCUCUGAUCCUUUUCAAGCCAUAAGUAAGAAAGGUGGAUUAUGAAAGGUCCUAAAUCUUCCUUUUUUUCCCACAGCGCCAGUCUGUGAUGAACCUGGAGCGCAGCGAAAGAGGGGAUCGUCCCUCGUCCCGAGGCCUAGAGAUGGAUCCUCGCGCAGGGGGGAAGAUGGGGAAGAUAUCUGUGGGCUUCCAGAGGAGCUCCACAUCAGAUGAUGACUCUGGGUGUGCACUGGAGGAGUAUGCCUGGGUGCCACCCGGUUUAAGACCUGAACAGGUAGGACUCAAGUCUGUUUCCUUUAAAAUGACUAAAUAUUUUUUGGUCUCACAGGUAGACUCAGGAUGACUCUGCACUUUAUGACUCAAGUAUAUCUAUCGUAGGUCUAUAUGCUCCAGAAAGUGACAUUUAAGGCACUAAAAUAACUCCAGAAAGCAUUUUAAAGCUCUUUGUAGUCAUAGUGUCCAAAACUGGAUAUUUUUCUCCAGGGGUUGACGGUUAAACCUGCACGCUCACAGGACAGGCUUUUAGUGCAAACAGGGUCAUGUGUGCACUCUGUUCUCUGUGCUACACUAACAGAUUAACAGUGCCCCAUGCUGAUGCCUAACAUCUGGCCAUGGAUUUUUAUAUCACAUAUUUUCCUGCUUUUAAGAGACACCUGCUCUGCAAAUCUCUGAAGUGUUCCAAGUUUCAUAUAUAGUUUCUUCCUGGAUGAAUACGAACUUCCUAAUGGGUUUUUGCCUCCAACUAAAAUUUCCAUUACCCGACUGUCUCUAACAUAUGGAGAGAUUUCACACUCAGGUGCCUGCAACUAGACUGAGACUGACAUAUUCGGCCCGCAGUGUUGCAGAAUAAAUACACAUGAAGCAGCAGUGAUAUCCAGCUGUCCUCCUCUCUGCCUGAUCUGAGGGAAAAUAGGAAGGCUCUUUCCCGCCGUGUCCUUUUCACUGCCCCUCCUAAAGGUCACACAUCUGUCUGUUUCCACAGGUGCAGAUGUAUUUCUCCUGUCUGCCUGAGGAUAAGGUGCCAUACGUGAACAGCCCUGGAGAGAAGCACAGGAUCAGACAGCUCCUCUACCAGCUGCCGCCGCAUGACAAUGAGGUAUAAAUCAUAGCAGAGAGACGGUUGGCGUGUUAGAGAAGGAAAGAAACAACCUGCAGCGCUGAUGAAACUGACUGUACAGUUAUUUUCUAUGUCUGUCUCAUGUCUCAGGCCUAAUUUAACUAAAGUCAGCAGCUGAGUAAAGCCCGGACAAAUUGCCUCUCCUGUAAAACUACAACAAUGGCCGCAUUCCUGCGACUGUUUGACAAAAACCCUCUCUUGUAACAGUUAAAACCUGCCGGCUUCUUCUGUAGAAUAGUUUUAUGGUGUGUAAACCAGCACUCCUUUCACAUCUAUGUUAAUAGAGUUUACAUUUGGAGAUAUGGUGGAGGGGUUAUCACCAGAGGGGACGGAUGGGAGGGGCUACUGUCUGACAGUGGUGGUCUCUGUACACACACCAAAGAUACACAAUAGGGACUCACAGCUACACAAUAUUUGACUGAGUGGUUUUAUGAUGUUUGUCAGCAAAACCUGGUGGUUGAGGAAGCAAACUGUGGUCUAAGAGGGAGAAGUGAUGUGUGUGUGAUGUUGAGGCAGAUGUGAGCUCAAACUGUCAUAGUUUACCGUUGUUUAGAGAACAACCAACCAGGAUGUUGGGAUGGUUUUGGUCUUUUAUCUGGGGUUUCAUCACUGACUCUAAACAUAGGAAUGGUUUAUGAGUUGCUCACGCUAUCCUCCCAUCAGACUCUGCAGGAAUUAACUUUAUUUAAACAUGUUUCCAACCGUGUUUGGACCUGAGGGCCUACACUUUCCCUAAAUGGUUAUUUGUUCCUGUAUUGAUGUUCCUAUGGUUCUGAUACUGAUGCCAACACCUGUACUGAUAUUAUAUUGGUGUCAGCCUCUGAUAUUUCCCAAAUUACAGUGUUAGGAUAAGUAUAUCAGCUAGUAUGCUGAUCCUAGCCCUAACCCAAUGUAUCAUGGUCAUUCAGAACCUUUUCUAGCCAUGAAGUCCAUUGUACAGUGAACCUAUUACACUCUUUUAAGCCUUUAUUUGAUCAAUAAGGCACACCUAUAGAGCAGACUAACUCAUUUAUCUAAUACUGGCAUUUAUGAAAAUCCUCAUUUCAGCACUUCUCUGCCUCUGCCUCAAACACUUCCUUUAGCUGCUUUUUAAUUGGUAUAAAGUUAGACACAGCUUGUCGGUGCUACUUAUUACACAGUUCGAAGUCACAAUAGGGCCUGCCAUUGCAGAAAAUGUCUAAGGCUAGAUGUUAGCUCCCGCUUAGGGUCUUCUUAAGACGUAAAUCCAGCUUUUGUUCGCAAAGGAGUCAUCAGUGAAGUGGCAAGCAUGAACAGCUAUAUAGUGACUGUUGUCCCCGGUGCUGUUUUGUCCCCAAAACAAUAAAAACGUUUAACUUUUUGAGAAGAAAAUAUUUGUGACUGUCCUUCACAACUUAAAUAACAGUUAUGAGCAAUUUUCCAAAGACGUACUGAACACAGCUCAGCAUGAUAGGUCUCUUUUACAGACCAGGUAGUUGUUCCAAUACCAAUAUGAGCACCAGUUCAGUACUAAUAGUAUGUUUAAGCUGAAAUUAGGGAUGAAUAUUCUCCCCAAGUCUAGGAAGAGAAAAUGGAAUGGAGAGGGGAAAGAAUUAGACCAUUAUCAGCAAUAAUUUGAGGUUUUUCCACCCUCUUUUGGUAUCAGUGGGAUAUAAAAAGGUGACUUUUUCUGUCAUUUUAGUUUAUCAACUAAAAUCUCUCUUCUCUUUCUCUUUCUUUUAUCAACCAGUUACGUUACUGCCACUCUCUCACUGAGGAGGAGAAAAGGGAGCUCCACAUGUUCAGUGCCCAGAGGAAGAGAGAGGCACUUGGGCGAGGAACACCCAAGAUCCUGCCCCGAGCUCUGCAGCACACACGUUGUGAAAAUGUAGGUCCCCCAUGUGGAUACCCUUGAGCACACACUUGCAUGCAUAUGCACACAGUCAUUUAGUGCCCAUAAAGGUAAGCUAUCAGUUACAAAGAAAACAACUUGUGAGUCUUUAGUUAUUUAUACCACCAGCGGCUAACACCCACCAUGCCAUCCCAAUGCGGAGCUGCUCCAGGCUAAAUCCUGAUUGGCUAAUGCAAUGGUUUUAAUCAUGGGCACACAAACCCCCUCAUUAGGGCGAGAGGGGAAGUUGGGAAAUUGGAAGGCUCAUGCUCAAGCCAAGCGGAGCAGCCAGUUCCUUGUAAGGAAUGCAGCAAAUUUCCUGCCACCCAUUUACGUCUCAGCAUGACAGAGAGCAAAAAACUGCACAGGUUAACGAGGAAUUCUCUCCAAGAGUCCUAAAAGCCAACUUUUUCCAAACAAGUCCCAGUAUGUGGUGCACUAUUCCACAUCAAAUGGUAUAAUUAGACACAGCUAAGCUCAGUGCAUGCAGCUGGAUAGUGGGCUUUGACGUGAGAAGGGAUGGCAACUUUCUUCAUCUCUCUUUGAAAACUUGAGGAAAGUUGAUGAAUUUGAAGACAGACAUAUCCACAUGUGCCACAUAAUUCGUCACUGGAUUGUACACUAGGUUGGGACAAAUAAACACACAUCUUUCUGUAAGCAUGUGCUCUCAAAAGAAGGAAGAAGUUGUUAGUGAUGCAAACUUCUUUCUGGGGAACUGCAUCUUUUUGGAUGCAUUUUGACCUUGUGUUUGAAAAAUGCUCGUAUCAGUCUUUAAUCUUCACCUCUAAUUCCUGUUUAUGAUAUUGCCACGGAAUUUAAACAGUAUCAAGUACUGUUACAGCUGUCCUUGAUCUUAUUUCAGAAACAUUUCCUUUCUAUGCAGAAAACAUCAAUAUUAGUGUUAUGUGACUUCAAACAAACUGAGCCCUGACCAUUGAAUAAACCUCUGCCUGGCAGCCCAGGAAAGCAGACAAGCCAAGCUAAUACCCCCGGAAAGACAGUCUAUCAACACCCAAACACAGAUGCUACCACAGAGAUGCAAGGUCACACAGUACGGGAAUGAACGCACACAUUCUGAGCAUGCAUGUGUAUCCAGAAGUACUCUACAAACAUGUAUACUUUUACUGUGUAUAGCCACCAAUUGCUCAUCCUUUCAGGCACACAUACACAUACGUGCAUUUAGAUACUUGUGCAAACAUUUGUACACAUUCUGCACAUGCCCAUGUGUUCACAAAGAUAUACAGUGAAAAUGUGGGUGCACUCACAUACACAUACCAUGCACAAACAAACACACUCACACACAAAGGUUUUUAGGUUUCGGUUUCCUGGUAGUGUGCUAAAAGGGACACACAACACCUCAGUAUUCAAGGCCUCUGUCCUUCCACCCCGAUAAUAAUGGUUAACAGCUGGUCACGGUAUCCUAUAGCUGCUCACGGGUGCCUCACAGCUCUGCUGGGUUAUAUAAAGACUUUUGAUUGCUUACCGAGACAUACUCUGACAAUCUCUGUGGAGUCAUGGUCUUUUGACUCAGGAUCAAGGCUAGUGCAUUCUGUUAAAGCUUAAAGACAAAAUGAACUUAAACACAGAUCACUCAGUUUGAGUUAGCAUUUUCUUAGUCCUAAGUGAUUUUGCCCCCCAUACACAAAGUUUUCUCCCCUAAGUUUCAUAAGACAUAUGACAUUUUGCAACAAGUUCUGAUUGUCUGCCAAUAUUGACUGUGAUCGAAGUUUCAGUAACAUAGCUAAGAUUAACAUGUAUGGUCCAUGUCAUGUAGCUGUACUGAAUUUCUGCUAUGACUGGCAUCACUGUAGGAUGUUUUUAGAUGGAUCAUUUUUCUUUGGCACUUGCAGCAUGGUCACCUGUUGUUUGGCGUGCUUUGUCUUGGCAUCACUGCAAAUGAUACUUGGGCAGAUAUGUGAUAUGUUUUGAAUAGUUCACUCCAUAAUCAGUCAUUUGCUUAGGCUGCAUUCCUCAUGUGUCAUAGAUAUUGACUGUAUUGUGAAUCCACUUUAAAAUGUCAAUCACUUAUCCGUGUUUGUCUUUGUGUUAAUCUCUAAGGUUUAAUUCUCAUGAUGGCAUACCUACUACCAGAUUCCCUCAUUAUAUAUUACAAGCACUGACCUGACAAGAGGCCUGAAAUAGAAAUCUCAUAAAUCACCGGUUGUUUUGUUUAAUUAACAGUGUGUCGGAGGAAUCAAUGGAGGGGAGAUGGCAAUAUUUGCCUCCAGAGCAGGGUCGAGCCCCUGCUGGCACCCUGCUUGCUUUGUGUGUGCCACGUGUCAAGAGCUUUUGGUGGAUCUAAUCUACUUCUACCACAAUGGAAAGAUCCUCUGUGGGAGACACCAUGCUGAGCUCCUCAAACCUCGAUGCUCUUCAUGUGAUGAGGUAAGACACAUUAGUAGUAGCCGUGGCAAAGUCAGCAUCAAGUCAACUGAGUUCCACAAAAGUUACAGUGGUUUAUAUGCAUGUUUCCUACCAGAUCAUCUUUUCGGAUGAGUGCACCGAAGCAGAAGGUCGUCACUGGCACAUGAAGCACUUUGCCUGUUUUGAGUGUGAGACAAUGCUUGGUGGGCAGCGCUACAUCAUGAAAGAUGGAAAGCCAUACUGCUGUGGCUGCUUUGAGUCACUGUAUGCAGAGUACUGUGAGGCCUGUGGUGAAAACAUAGGUGAGUUCUUGUAGUUAAGUGCUGAAAGUUUUUAACUUUGCAUGUUUGGCUCUUUACUCCAAUCCCCCAAGACUGAUAAAAAACAAUUUCUAGACCAACUAGACCUAGGUCAGAUUUUUGAUCUUUCUGUUGUCUUUCUUUGACUACUUGUAAAACUUUGCCUAAUACUAUGCUACUUUCUUCUUUGUCCCCUCCACUCUAGGUGUCGACCAUGCCCAGAUGACCUACGAAGGUGUACACUGGCACGCCACAGACCAGUGCUUCUGUUGUGCCCAGUGCAAGACAUCAUUGCUGGGUUGUCCUUUCCUACCAAGGCAGGGUCGCAUCUAUUGCUCCAAGGCCUGUAGCCAGGGGGAAGACAUCCAUGCAUCAGACUCCUCUGAUUCCGCCUUCCAGUCUGCCCGUUCACGUGAAUCCAGGCGUAGUGUUCGCAUGGGGAAGAGUAGUAGACCCUCUGAACAAUGGAGACAAUCGCAGGUGCUCAACCCCCCUCCUACUAUUCCCUCCCUUGGGUAUAAGUUCAGAGAUGGAGAGGGUGAUGGACAUAGGGUGGAGGGUGAUAUUGGAAUUGUAGGGCGAAAGCUGGCCCAUUUAGGCCUGGAGGAGGAGAGGUUCUGGAGGGAUCGGGAGGAGCAGGAUGCUGGUGGAGAGGAGGAUCCAGAAGAGUGGGCCCAGCAUGAUGACUACAUGACCCAGCUCCUGCUCAAGUUUGGUGACCGCGGGAUGUUACACCAAUUUCAGCAGCCAUCUCUUAAAUCUCCUAGCCCUAGCAUUGACAGAAACAGGUUAAUGAGUGUCUCUGACCCUUGGCUUAAGCCUGAUGCUACAUCCAUGAGGGUAACCGCCUCUUCCCCUACCCCUGCAAGUCCUACCCAGAGUCAGACUUCUGGUCAAUCUCGAGCCAACAGCCUUAGCCCUGGACUGAUGAGCAAGAAGAACCUGCCCGAAAUGUACUGGGCACAAUCUCAGGAUGGGAUGGGAGACUCAGCUUAUGGGAGUCAUCCAGGUCCUGCCAGUGCAAGAAAGAUUCAAGAGUUGGAGUUAGACCAGGAUCAGGACCAGCCUGGGGCAGGAGGACAAGCCUUCUGGACACACAAUAGGCAGUGGUAUGAUGACUCUCUGGAGUGUAUAGCUGAUGAGCUCAGAAAGGUUGGGCAAGGUGGUGGAGACUCCAUGGACUCCCUGGCACUCUCAAACAUAACUGGUAGGAAGACCAUUUGUCUCACUUAGUGUAAAACAUCUUUCCAUUUUUAAUGAAGUGGUUGUGUAAUUUUUUUUCUUGUAUUUUCUUUUUAGGCGCAUCAGUGGAUGGAGACAGCAGGGAAAGACCGAUUAUCUACACACUUUCUGUGCAGGAACCCACAGGUGUAGAUGACUGCGAGAAGAUGAGCAACAUGGGAACAUUCAACUCAUCUCAUCUACACCACAGUGCCAACUCUUUGAAUCUCAACAUGGAGAAAGGAGACGAGGAGGUAGCACUGGCAAUGAGAGGAGGCACACCAGGAGGACUUAUUUCCCCACAAUCCGAAGGCCUCCCUGCUUCCUUUGUUCAUGCGCCAGCACUCAGAAGGAGCAAGUCUCAGUCAAGGCCUCCCCAAAUGGUCAAGUUCUCAGAGGAUACUGUGGACAAUGGAUACAAUGAUGGGUUUGAUGUCAAUAUCAGAAGGCAUCCCAUGAGUGAAAAGCCACAGAGGAGGGUUUAUCUUCCAGAUGAAAUGGGCCAAGGAGGACACCCUUCAAACCACCAUGGACGAAGCAGACAUCACCACCACCAUCACGGCCAAGGCCGGCACCACAGGGGGCGCAAGACGCGAUCGGACAACAACCUUCAUAUGGUGCCUUUGGAGAAAGUCCAGAGACCUUAUGAGCACCAGCAGCAGGGUCGGGUAAACCCUCUCUGUAGUCCAGUGCUCCUUCAACAUCCAGCACACAGGCUGCCUAUGGUCUACUCCCAGUCUAGGUCUGACUUUAUGCCUCAGGGUUUGGCCCAAGGAGACCCACGUGUUGAACAUUUCAUGGGUCUUUGCAGAGAUGAGGAUGACUGUUGCUCUACUUGCUCUUCUUCAUCAUCAGACUCUGAAGAGGAGGGUUAUUUUCUGGGCCAGCCAAUCCCUCAACCUCGAGCAGUUGGGCGCUACUAUGCUGAGGACUACCCAACCAGGGUUACAGCCCUCUCUUCCCAGUUUCAUGGCUCACAGACUGGUCGCAGGAAGGGCCAUCGCUCCAAGAACUGUAUCAUUUCGUAACAGCUCAGAACACUAAGUCAAGCAAGAGUUAGAGUUUCUCUGAGUGGUUUUUCACAGAUAUAUCUCAGCUUAAAAAUGAUGUUUUAAACAACCCAUGUGCACACAAUGGGUGUGUUGCAGACAAAGUGGAGGUCCAUUGCUGAAUGUCAAGAUGCAUAUCAUACUUCUGACCCAAAUCUACUGGAGAACAGAUCAAUACAAACUGUCAGAAAAGAAACUGAAAGACUGUCUAUUUCUGAUCUGUGUGUAUGUGGAAAUUAUAGCUAAAUACUAAGCGUUACUGAAUUUAGCACUGUUAUGUGUGGACCAGUGAAUUUGGAAAAAUUUCAUUUAAAAUUAGGCCCCAAGUUAGAAAGUGUUCAUUUAAUGUUCAUUAAUUUGAGUUUUUUCCAUUAAGCCUAUAUUAAAUAAAAAGACAUUUUCUGUAAAAACAAAAAAAUAUUGUGGCAAUAUCUUUGUAAGCUAGAAAUGGCAACACAAUGUAUACAGAGCUUGAUAAUGUAGAAAAGAACCAAAUAAUUAUUUAAUGCAUUAUAGUGCAAAAAUGAUACUGUACAUACUAAGUUAAGAUUUUAAUACUGGUAUUUUUAUAUCUGUGGUUUAAAGAAUUGUUUUUGAAGUGUAUAAAAUCAGCUGUUAUGGUAACCAAAAAGACCUCCAAAAUAUUUCAUGAGGAACAACACAGAAGGUGCCACUUCGUUAAUGGUGUCGUUCGCAGCUAAGUGCCAUGUUACUAGGUAACAAUGUUGACUAUAACAUACCAUGUAUUCCAAAAUGCUCACUUGCGUAGAAAAUGCAAAACAAAUGGCAGUAACACCUACAUGCUUCUGUUUUGCUCAUUUGCUCACUACCCUUGCUCUGACAUAACCCGCUGAACGCUUUGCGAUGUAAAGAUGCUUGUAAUAAAUAUUUUUUUCCCCUCAAA